AGUAGUUCUCCAACUGUUAGGUUGUCUUUCCGUCACUUCAUUAAAAAACAAAUGAUUUUUAAAACCUGGGAACUCCAGAUGUCUCCCUCUAGGACUCCCAUUUUGCAGAUGACAAAAUCGGGAGUCAGAGAAGGUGAUCUGCCACCUCAUUCAAAUUGGGAGCUAAGCGUGGCACAGGAACUCGAGCCCGUUUUCCCUACUUCCAAGAGUAGAAGAGCGACCCGUGGAGCAGGAAGCCUGCCUGCCAAGCUCAGCAAGGAAGACCCUUUCCCGGAUGCUGCGCCGGGAGAAACUCGCGCGAUGCUGGCCCCGCCCAACUCUAAAGCCCCGCCCAGGCCUGGAGGCUGGGAGGAGAGGUUUCCAUGGUGACAGUAAACAAGGCCCUGCCUUUGAGGGGCUAUUGCUGGGCUACUCUCCGGCACCAUGAUUCCCCCCGCGGACUCUUUACUCAAGUAUGACACCCCGGUGCUGGUGAGCCGGAAUACGGAGAAACGGAGCCCCAAAGCUCGGCCAUUGAAAGUCAGCCCCCAGCAGCCUGGACCCUCAGGUCCAAUCCCACCACCACCCAAGACCAAGCUCUCAAUUUCCUGUGUUCCAGAUCCUACAAAACAGGCAGAAGAAAUCUUGAAUGCUAUCCUGCCCCCAAGGGAGUGGGUGGAAGACACGCAGCUAUGGAUCCAGCAGGUGUCCAGCACGCCCAGCACCCGGAUGGAUGUGGUGCACCUUCAGGAGCAGCUGGACCUGAAGCUGCAGCAGCGGCAGGCCAGGGAGACUGGUAUCUGCCCUGUCCGCAGGGAGCUCUACUCACAGUGUUUUGAUGAGCUGAUUCGUGAGGUCACCAUCAACUGUGCGGAGAGGGGGCUGCUGCUGCUGCGAGUCCGGGACGAGAUCCGCAUGACCAUCGCUGCCUACCAGACCUUGUAUGAGAGCAGCGUGGCGUUCGGCAUGAGGAAGGCGCUGCAGGCUGAACAGGGGAAGUCAGACAUGGAGAGGAAAAUUGCAGAAUUAGAAACGGAAAAGAGAGACUUGGAGAGGCAAGUCAACGAGCAGAAGGCAAAGUGUGAGGCCACGGAGAAGCGGGAGAAUGAGAGGAGACAGGUGGAGGAGAAGAAGCACAAUGAGGAAAUUCAGUUCCUGAAGCGGACGAAUCAGCAGCUGAAGGCCCAACUGGAAGGCAUUAUUGCACCAAAGAAGUGAUAAUUUCCAUAUGGGUCCCACAAACACUACUACCCCACCGUAAGCCCUUUGUAAUAAAAAGCUAGUUUCCUAAAUGAACAAAGCCAUACGCUCCCCUGAUCACCACCUACAUAUUUGUCAGAAGUCACACCAUUGACCCAGUGUCAUGAAACACCUAAGUCUGGCAGCCAGGCUCCUGGUUGGGCAAUGGAAGGUGGUGAGGCCCAGGCAGUCUGUCUCUGGCCAGCCUUGGGAUUUGCCAAGUCAAAUAGUAAGACUUAGCAUCCACCCUUCCUGCUGCAUCCCUCUUAGGUGAAGCGACUGCUUUCUCAUCACUAAUCCUAGCAGGACACAGCUGGUUUCAUCCCAUUCUGGGUCCACAGUUCAUCUUGUACCUAACUUGGGCUCCUCUGGCCUCAAUCUUUCCCUUAUGUCUUUUCACCAUCCUGGCUCACAGUUCUAGUAACUCAUUUUGAAGGAUAGAUUUAUACUGUAUCUGAUCUCUGCUUGUCAAUUGGACCCCUU